GACCUCACCGCCGCGACGACGACGUGCGACCACGCACCGCACCGCGCGACGCGCCUUCGACACGACACGGCGCGCGACGACACCACACCCCCGCGACACUCGCAGGUACCGCAGGUCACAGACAAGCAGGCGCAAGAGUGCACGGUCGCAGACGAGCAGAGCGACGACGCGUCCAGGAGCUCCAGGAUGCAGAUGCUCGCUUCCGUCGUCGGGGCCCUGGUGCUCUUCGCCCUCCUACCGGCCGGCCAGUCCAUCAUCUGCUACCAGUGCCGGUCCUGGGAGGACCCCGGCUGCUGGGGGCUCAAGCAGAACGUCACCAACAACACGUACGCCAAGUUCUGCGACGACGACCGCAUCCCGCCCGGCGUGGGCGUGUUCUGCCGCACCAUCCGACAGAAAAUCAGGGACGGCAACGGUACAGACCGGCUGUGGAGGACGUGCGGCUGGGAGGAGCACAAGCUUAAAACGGGCGAGCGCAGCCCCAAGGCGUGCUACUACUUGAGCGACGGCCACCACGAGGAGGAGGUGUGCCAGUGCUUCUUCGACACCUGCAACACGGCGGCGGCGCGCGGCGUGUCCCCGCUGGCCGUCAUCACCGCCGUGGCGGCGGCCGCCCUGGCCGCGCUGAGGACCGCGUCGGCCGCGUCGUGACGCCGUCCCUGAGGAGGACGGCCUCGAGGACGGCCUCGAGGACGUGACUGUGACUGUUGGGGCCGCGGGCCGGCCUGCCCCCGGGCCCGCCGGCCGCCGCUUGGGCCAUCGCUGUGAUAACCCGGCGCGCGCUUCGCCUCGCCUUUGUUCGCGGCGCGGGGCUGCGAGGCAGGGGCAGGGUCAUUGAGAGUACCAGAAGACUUUGGCGGGCCAGCUAGCGCGGCGCGGGGCCGUCCCAAAAGAACCCCCUACUGCCGCUGCUCAAGAUGACGGCCACUUGGGCAAAAAUUCCCAGCGUCGACAGGGCUGCCAACCUUUGUACGGUAUAGCCAGCCCGAGAGUGGAAACUCUUUCCAUACUGGAGUGCUUCGUGUGAAUUUUUGUCUACUUGUGCGCCUACACUGAUAAUGAUCCUGUGAGGUCGCGUGUGGUUUGAAGAUGCCCCCUUUAUCAAGGUUGAGACAUCCCCCCACCCCCCAUCCCCCACCCUUCUGAGACCCGUACGUCAAGGCAGUACAGUAUUUAGCACGAGACCCUCGUGAUACGUUGUCAAAACGGUACUAAAUAAAUUUGUUUUCUACGCA